AUGGCGCACGCUGAGGAAAGUGGCGUAUUUAAGUUUCAGAAGCUAAACAGAGACAACUAUAAAAGUUGGAAGUUCAAUGUUAAGAUGUUAUUAACGAACUAUGAUGUGUUUAGCGUAGUAGACGGUACGGAGACUCUGGCAAAAGGUGCUGACGAAAAAGAAACGAAAUCUUGGAAAAGACGCGAUUCUAAAGCAAUGUCAACAAUUUGCCUGCUUGUGGACGAAGAACUGAAAAAUUUGGUCAUAAACUCGACUAGUGCAAAAGAAGCAUGGGACUCGUUAUGCAAAGUGUUCGAACCUACAACUCGAGCUAGAAUUGCCGCUUUGCGUUCGGAAUUCACGAAACUAAAUUUAAAAGAAGACGAAAAUAUUUCUGUUUUUAUCGGCCGCAUUUUUCGAGCUGCAAAAGACUUGGAAUCUGCCGGAAGAAAAGUGGAAGAUGACGAAAUAGCGUAUCAGAUGCUGUGUAAUUUACCUCCGAAGUAUGACAAUGUUGUAAUUCAACUGUAUCAACUGAGUGAUGAAAGUUUUACCUCUGAAAAUGUGCGAAAAGCCUUAAUAUCUGAAUUUGAUAGACUUCAGCAUAGGGAGAAUCCAAAAGAAACUUCAACAUUCCCGCAAACUGCAUUUGUUUUCGACAGACACAGAAAAAAUGCGUGUUUCGCUUGCGGAGAAGAAGGGCACUACUCUAGGAACUGUCCGAAAAGGAAAAAUAAUUCUAACUACAACAACUGGAAGCGUGAACAACUAAGAGUAAUUUGCAUAUCUGCCUUAUUCCAUUUAAUUGGAUCUUCAGACAGUGCACCACCUCACAUCAUAUUCAUCAUCAUUGAUGAUCUGGGUUGGAAUGACGUCAGUUUUCAUGGCAGUCAGCAGAUUCCCACCCCAAACAUUGAUGCCUUGGCAAGCGAUGGAGUCAUAUUAAACAAUUACUAUGUCCAACCUAUCUGUACACCCUCGAGGGGAGCCCUUAUGACAGGAAAAUAUCCAAUUAAAUUAGGACUACAACACGAUGUAAUUUAUGCUGAAGCUCCCUAUGGAUUGUCCCUUCAUGAAACUUUGCUGCCGCAACACCUGAAAAAGCUAGGUUAUGCAACGCAUGGCGUUGGAAAGUGGCAUUUAGGACAUUUCAACGAAGAAUACCUCCCAGUCAACCGAGGAUUCGACUCGUUUUUUGGCUAUUGGACUGGGAAAGAAGAUUUCUUUACGCACACUGAGCAAGGAACUCUACUUACGCAUGGCCUUGAUUUUCAUGAUAAUAAUGAGAAUGCUUUUGGAUACUUGGGAGUCUAUGGUACAGAUAUAUUUACUCAGAAGGCUGAUAGCAUUAUAAAUAAUCACAACAAAUCCAAGCCUUUGUUUUUGUACGUGGCCCAUCAAGCUGUGCAUGCUGGAAAUAAGUACUCUCCAUUGCAAGCUCCAUUGGACUACAUUAAAAAAUUCUCGCAUAUCAAUGACAGAGAUAGAAGGAUAUUUGCAGCCAUGGCGUCACAUUUGGAUGAUUCGAUUGGGAAGCUGUUUGCAACUUUGAAUAGCUCUCAAAUGCUGGAAAAUUCAGUGAUAAUAUUUACAACUGACAAUGGAGCUGCAGUCCAAGGAAUCGAUCAGAGUACUGGAUCGAAUUGGCCAUUGAGAGGAAGCAAGUACAACAUGUGGGAAGGAGGAGUUAGAGGCGUGUCCUUUGUAUGGAGCCAUGAGUUAAGACAUGCAAAACAUAAGAUUGCUAAUAACUUAAUGCACAUAACAGACUGGUUGCCUACUCUAUACGCGAUAGCAGGUGGAGAUCCCGAAAAACUAGGAUCAAUCAAUGGCGUUAAUCAAUGGCCUUCAAUAUGUUGCGGCAAGACAUCAAAACGACAAGAUAUACUUCAUAACAUUGAUCCUGAUUGGAAAGUGGAAAGCAUUCGAAAAGGACGGUACAAAUUAUUGAAAGGAAGUGUUUUCAAUGGCUCCUUUGAUGGCUGGUUCGACAAGGAGGGGAAAAAACAGAAAAACAAACCUUUCUUUAAAGAGGAUCUUCGAUCCUUCAGUCAGGUCUACCAAAAACAUGCAAAAAAAGCUGUAGUACAGAGGAUUCUUCAAAAAACGUACGAUGUGAAACCUUUUGAAAAUUUUUGCGAUCUCCAAUCUGGACUUCACGAACAUGUACGCCUGAAUAAAUGGCCUUCUGUGAGUCGCAAAUGUGAUAAAAACAAUGAAAAUAAUGUCUUUAAUGAUAUUGAAGCAAACUGUAUGAAUCCAGUUAUUGUGAAAUGUGGGGGGAAAACAGAAACUCCUUCAGCAGCCUGCGAUCCUUUAACAGCUCCAUGUCUCUUCAACAUACAAGAUGAUCCAUGCGAGUACAAUAAUUUGGCGUCUUUUGAAACUGAAGUUCUGCAAGAUCUUGAAAAACUGUUGGACACUUACAGAAAACAAGCAGUGCCAAUCGCAAAUAAGCCACUGGAUCCACAAGCAAAUCCCAAGUUUCAUGGCUAUUCUUGGGUACCUUGGAAAUAAUAACUGACGACGAAAAAGGGGAACAAAACAUUUAUUUCAUGCAAAAUUACAUUGGUAUAUGGCGUGAAAAGUACAUGAAACGACGCUAGUGUA